CCCAUUUCUCUUCCUUCUUCUUUGCUUACGCUCUUCUUCUCAUUCACUUCACUUUUGUCUCUGAGACUGAGAGGAUGCUCUGCAGCAGGAGAGUGAUGAGUUGUUUUGUGGGGAAUGAUGUUAGGAAGCUCUUGAAGCGCAAGGACAGUGAUGCUUCUGAUAGAGCUAAAAUGGUAGAAGAGCUUCAAGCUUCCAUCUUUAGUGAGCUUCGAACAUCGGAGGGUGCCAACCGCCUGCAGCAGCGAGUCUGUGGUCCAACGGUUUCGCUGACAUUCAAUUUCUUGGUUUCAGUCGCAAUAAUUCUAGUAAACAAGCUGGUUCUUGGGAAAGUUGGUUUCAAUUACCCGAUCUUUUUGACGCUAAUUCAUUAUGUUCUGAGCUGGUUUCUGAUGGUGAUCUUGCAUGCAUUCUCACUUCUUCCGGUGUCCCCUCCUUCUAAAGCUACUCCAUUAUCUACUCUUUUCGCUCUAGGCCUCGUCAUGUCUCUUUCUACUGGCCUUGCAAAUAUUAGCUUAAAGUACAAUAGUGUGGGUUUUUAUCAAAUGGCUAAGAUUGCUGUCACGCCAACUAUUGUUCUUGCUGAAUUCAUGCUCUUUGCAAAGACUGUUUCCUACCAGAAGGUUCUAGCACUAACUGUGGUGUCUGUUGGCGUAGCUGUUGCAACGGUUACCGAUCUUGAGUUCGACCUUUUCGGAGCUUGUAUCGCAUUGGCAUGGAUAAUACCCAGCGCAGUCAAUAAGAUUCUAUGGUCGAACCUUCAGCAGCGUGACAACUGGACAGCUUUAGCAUUAAUGUGGAAGACGACACCAAUCACCAUAUUCUUCUUGGUGGGUAUGAUGCCAUGGCUUGAUCCUCCAGGUGCUCGAUCAUUCAAUUGGAACCUCUACAACACAUCAGCUAUUUUUCUGUCAGCUGCCCUCGGGUUUCUGCUUCAAUUGUCAGGCGCGUUGGCUCUUGGGGCAACCUCGGCAACAUCUCAUGUUGUUCUUGGUCAGUUUAAAACAUGUGUUAUUCUGCUUGGAGGAUUUCUGUUAUUCGACUCAGUUCCGGGCAUGCCAAGUCUCUGUGGAGCAAUCACUGCUCUUGCCGGCAUGUCCUUGUAUACUUACCUCAAUUUGCAAGAUACUCGGCAAUCAUCUUUUUUGACAACUAAAAUGAAACUCAUUAAAGAGAGUAGUGAAUCAUGCAACGGAGAUUGUACAGCUGAAUCUGUUUGAGACGAGUAAUUUAACUGUUGGGCACAUCGAAAGUUCGAGUCAUGGAUUGACGGGUUAUCACUGAUCAGUUGUAAAUGGAGUGUAAAUCAUACAAAUGAACACAUACAACAAAAUGUUGCCUGAAAAGUGUUUUCUUUGUUCAAUAAAUUUUGUCGAUAUCUUUACGUCUUCAAUAGCAAAGGAUUAUACUGAAACUCAGGGCACUCGAAUGUAAUGUUGUAAAUGCUGGUGGAUUUUUGCUCAAUAUCUUUGCUUUAAUUUUUCCUGA